AUGUUGUUAUCAGCAGUCUUACUUUCAGUCCUCUGGCUCGGCGGUCCGACUCGAGCUGGCUUCAUUGCCGAAAUCGACCCGGAGGUUGAGUAUGACUAUGUCAUUGUCGGCUCCGGCGCCGGAGGCUCCCCCCUGGCGGCGCGGCUGGCCAAGUACGGGCACCGGGUGCUUCUCAUCGACGCCGGCGACGACCAGACCAGCUCGUACGAGUACCGGUUGCCGGCGCUGAGCCUGGGAGCGUCUGAAUUCCCGGCCAUGUCGUGGAACUUCUUUGUCAACCACUACCCGGACCUGAACCGGCAGCGCAAGGACACCAAGAUGACGUGGACGCUGCCGUCGGGCCAGGAGUUUAUCGGGGCCAACCCGCCGCCCGGCGCGAAGCCAAAGGGCAUACUGUAUCCGCGGGCCGGGACGCUCGGCGGCUGCACGGCGCACAAUGCCAUGAUCACGGCAUACCCGGACGAGGAGGACUGGAACCACAUUGCCAAGAUCAUGGGCGACAAAAGCUGGGCGGCCGGCCGCAUGCGGGACAUGUUCAAGCGCUUGGAGCGAUGCCGCUACUUUCCAGCGUCGCCCAUCGGCCACGGCUUUAACGGCUGGCUGACGACGAGCGUCACCAGUCUCGUCUUCACGCUCAAGGACGUCAAGCUCGGCGCCAUGGUGCUGGCCGCCGCCUCGGCCGUCGGCCAGGGCAUCGACAAGUACUUGCUCGACGCAAAAGGCUUUGCGCAGGUCUUCUUCCGCGACCUCAACUCGGGGUUCGGGAAUCGCGACCGCCGCGAGGGCUUGUUCCAGCUGCCCGGGGCCAUCAAGGACGGCGAGCGCUCCGGGCCCGUCGACUUCAUCAACCAGGUCCUGAGCGAAUGGACGCCGAGCGGCAGGGAGCGCUAUCACCUCGACAUCCUCCUCAGCACGCUCGUCACCCGCAUCAAGUUCGAGACAGGGACCAGCGGCAGGCCCAGGGCCGUGGGCGUCGAGUACAACUCGGAGCUGCCGCCGCCGCGCCUCAUCCGGGCCAAGCGCGAGGUCAUCGUCGCCGGCGGCGCCUUCAACUCGCCGCAGCUCCUCAAGCUAAGCGGCAUCGGCCCCAAGAAGGAGCUGCAGCGCUUCGGCAUCCCCGUCCUCGUCGACCUGCCGGGCGUCGGCACCAACCUGCAGGACCGCUACGAGAACACCGUCGUCACCAGCAGCCCCCAGAACUUCACCCUGACGGAGAAGUGCACCUUUUUGCAGACAAAGAACGACCCGUGCCUCAAGAGCUGGCUGACCGAAAAGUCCAUUGCCAACCGCGGCGCCUACACCAGCAGCGGCCUGGCCCUUGCCAUCCUCAAGAAGUCGUCGGUGGCCGAGAACGAGAUCCCCGACCUCUUCAUUGCCGGCUCCCUCUCCUACUUCACCGGCUACUUCCCCGGCUACGCCGCCGUCGCCGGCGCCGACGCCCGGCACUGGACCUGGGUCAUCCUCAAAGCCCACACCCGGAAUCGCGCCGGCACCGUCGAGCUGCGCUCCGCCGACCCGCGCGACACGCCCAUCAUCAACUUUAACUACUUCGAGGCCGGCACCAACGACAAGGGCCAGGCCGAAAAGGACGCUCGCGCCCUAGCCGAGGGCGUCGAGUACGCCCGCAAGGCCACCGAGAACAUCAACCACGCGCCCACGGGCACCGAGUUCAAGGAAGACUGGCCCGGCAAGCGUGUCAGUUCCAAGGAAGAAAUGAAGAAAUGGGUUCGCGACGAGGCCUGGGGCCAUCACGCCUCCUGCACCUGUCCCAUUGGCGCCGACGACGACCCCAUGGCCGUCCUCGACUCCCGGUUCCGCGUCCGCGGCGUCGACGGCCUGCGCGUCGUCGAUGCUAGCGUCUUCCCCAAGAUUCCCGGCUACUUCAUCGUCUUGCCCGUCUACAUGAUCAGCGAAAAGGCUGCCGACGUCAUACACGCCGACGCCCGCAACGGGGGAGGCAAGUCUCAUUAG